AUGGCUACUAUUGCUGAAUGUCAUAAAUAUUUGAAACAAACUGUGUUCCCUGUUUUUUAUGAUAUCAAUCCAUCUCAUGUACGAAAGCAGAAUGGGGUGUACCAGAAUGCCUUUGUUUUACACAUGGAGAAUUUUAUAAAUGAUCCGAAUAAGGUUGUGAGAUGGAAGAGAGCUAUGGUCGAUUUAGCUGACAUAGUUGGUUGGGAUGUUAGGAACAAGCCAGAGUUUCGAGCAAUUAAAGAUAUUGUUCAGGAAGUGAUAAAAAAAUUGGGUCAUAAAUUCUCAGGGUUUACUGAUGACCUUAUUGGGAUACAACCUCGAGUAGAAGCAUUACAAAGUCUUUUGAAAUUAAGCUCAAAGGAUGAUGAAUUCCGCGUUGUAGGUAUUUGGGGGAUGGCUGGAAUCGGAAAGACAACUCUCGCUUCUGUCUUAUACAAAUCCUUCGGCAAACCAUAG